GUUUCUUGUAAAAAAAAAUAGAGUCCUCUUUUUAUACUUUCCCCAAGUUUUUAAAACUUGCCAUCACGAAAACAGUUCCAAUGUUAAGGGUUCCUAUGAUGAGACGAUCCAUUCUUUGCUUCACCCAACGAUCGGCAACAGCAGGUUCAACAAGCCAACGAAUACUAGCAGCCAAUAAAAGACUCUUUUCGAGCCCUGCUUCGAACGUACCUUCUACAACGUCUAAAACAUCCAAGAGUCAUACAGGACUAUCAACAGCAGGGAAAACCUGGAGUGAAUUAUCAACGCCACAAAAAGUGGUGGUAGCUUCAAAAACUACAGUGAAUUUAGGGGUUAUUUUAACUGGACUGGGACUUACAGGUGCUAUUGUUUACUAUAUUACCAGCGAGCUAUUCAGUUCACAAAGUACAACCAGCAUUUUCAAUCGUACAGUGGAUCUUAUUCGAGAGAAUGAAGAAAUCAAAGAUAUUUUAGGUGAGCCCAUCAAAGGACAUGGUGAGCCUAGCCGAAGUAAAAGAAGACGCAAUCGUCGUAUCAUGUCGCAAGAAGUGGUAGAUUUAGAAGGCAAAGAUCAUCUAUUGAUGCGCUUUUAUGUAGAAGGGCCCUUAAAUCAAGGCACUGUUUUGAUAGACAUGAUAAAAGAUGAGGAGAAUAAGAAAAAAUGGAUUUAUAAGAAACUAUAUGUGGAUAUACCAGGUCAAGGAUUACCUUCGAAACGUAUUUAUUUACAUCAAUUAUAAUAACAAUUGUUGCCUUUGAGAAUUAAACAUGCCAAAACCGAAAAUGAAAGUGUUGUUCCGUUCAAUGUGUCAUAGUAUGUUGUGUGUGAAUAUACGAAUGAGCAAAAACAAAGGUAAAGGCAACAGUAUUGCUUUUACGGAUCCAUCAUGGUUUGAGUGCUAGGUGCUACAAUUGAACAAGUUGCAGCGGCUUUUGGUAACUUCUUCUCGAAUGUAAUGAUAAAGAGCUAGAUAUACAAGAAUGAAGAAUAUAAAUGAAGUAUCAUUUUCAAACGUCAUUCAUAAUGAAACAACAACAUCGCAACAUACUGCGCUAUAUUCUUCCUAAUAGUUGCGAUUCUUCAUUUUCAAAAAUACGACAUAUUAUUUCUCAAAUGUGCGCGACAUAUUAAAUAUGAAAUUGUGAGAGAAAAGCAUGAAUAAAUAG